CCGCUUUUCAGUAUCCACACAUUCGACGCCUUCCUUCCGCCUCUCUCAAUGUCUUCUUUCUCGUCGUAUAAACAGAAGCUACUUUUAAAAACAAAUUUCUUGUCUGGUCUGGAAGUCGUGAAGCUGUAUUUUGUCUUCCACGUUCCCGUUACAGCCAACCUCGGUGUCGAAAGUGCGGCGCUGGAAGCAGCACUAGGAACUUGAACUCGCCAGGCGACUGAGAAGGAGGCGAGCGAAAGGCCGGAGGAGGAGGGGGUGUCGUGUUAUGUUGUGCAAACCCCAUCUGCUGAUUCGCCAAUCUCGGCCCGGGGAGCCGGGCACGUGACCCUCAGUUGAGAAGGCGGGGUGGGCGCUUGCGAGUCGGCCGCGCAGGGAGCUACGACGCGAUGCCGCCGCGGAAGAAAAGCGCGCGUGUGAGGAGGAAUUAUUAGUAUCAUCACCGCUGUCGGUGUUCUCUGCGGAGGCUGCGCCGCCCCGUGAGUAGAAAGUACCGCGGCGGAUGCGCAGGCCGUUGGCGCACUCGCUGCUGGCGGCGGCGGCGGCGGCGAAAGGAGGCGGCGGCGAGAAGGUGGCGGCUUCCUUCGGGUCCGCACCUGGCUGAGGCGGCGGUGGGCGCUCGCUCGGGCCGGACCCUCCUGCCCCUGCCCGAGGGAGUGAGUGAGUGAGUGAGUGGCCGGCUCCUUCCCCCGCCACCCGCCCCGUUAUCCAGGAAGCGGCUCCCUCCCCACCCCUCGCUCCCUCCCCGCGGGUCGUAUCGCCCUCCGGGGAGGCAGCUCCCUGCUCCCGCCCCUCCGCCUUGCCUUCUGCGGCCUGCCGCCCCGCCGGGGAACACGGGGGAGGCGCCCCGACAGGGCGGCAAAAGGCAGUUUCCCCUUUGUUAGUCCAGAAAAGGGGUCCCUCUCCCUGUUUAUCUCCUCCUUUCACCCCUGUGCGGUUUUUAGCUUGAUGAAUACCUUAUUCUCAUCCCUCAGCGCCAGAGACGAGUGUUUUCCUUCCUGAGCAACUCCUGCCUCCAAGGUGGGGACAUCAGUCACUUUUGCCCUUUUUCUUGCCUGGUAAUAAGCGUCCCAAUUAUAUCCUAAGUAAUUGCAUCCUAGUUCUCAUAUAAUAUCCCAUUUCUGAAAAGAGGAGUGCAUUUAGUUGUGUUUUUGGUACAGGAAUUGAUACAUGUUGGCUUUUAUUCCUUCCAGCAAUCAAUUCCUGUUUAUUCUGCAGAUAUUUUAGUCCAUGCUCUCUCGUGCACACCUUUCCAAAAAAAGGUGGUCUUAUUAUGAUAACAACUUCUUUCAGAAGGCAAUUAUCUUUCUUCUUGGUUUCUGAACUAGACAUCACCCCCAUUUUAUUCAUUAUAUACCUGCUAGUGAACCCCAUUUAUCCUGAAGGUUAUUAGUUCCAGUCACUUUACAUGUUAGAUAAACUGUAAGACUCUGUAACCCUUAUUCAGAAUACUACACAGCAGAAGAUUGUUCCUCAUUUUCCAUACUAAGGAAGUAUUCUCACAUUUCACCAAAUUCCUCUUUUCCCCAGAAAUUGACUUUAACCGCAGUUCAAGCUGUGCCCUUACUCUUCUGACUUGCAGCAGCAUCUUUCCUCGAACCACAAGCAGAGGUUUCCUUCCACUGUCCAUACAAACAGAAGCCCAUCCCUCCUUUUCCAUACCCUAUCCUAUCCUAUCCUAUCCUAUCCUUCAUUCAUGGUCCAUAUAGGAACCUUCCUUGAUCCACUAAGGGCCUGGUCUCCUUGCAGUGUUGCUGAGAAGGAAGGGCUUUUGGAAGCCUUGGUAGCCUUUUAUUUUCAGGCAAGGGAAUCUGGAAAAGGAUAGGAGGGAGGAGGGAGUUCCACCCCUAAGUAAUGACUGCAGCGGGUCCAUGAGAAGGGAAGAAGGUGCUUACUCCUUGACAGAUACCUACCUCCCUUGCUUGGCCAUGGAGUGUGUGCAAGUUUCUCCCAUGCAGCAGCAGCAGCAAGGAAAAGCUGCUGAGGCGGACCGUCUCCUCCUGCUACUUCCAUCCCCUGCUAUGCAGAAGGAAGAAGAGGCCAUGUUGAGGGGUUCUGAUCCCUGGGCUUCCUCCCAGGCAGACACCAGCCGUGGCAGUAUGAAACUUCAGGACACUUCGGGCUUUUCACAGCAUCUGCAAAACACAGAGAGCCUUCACUCCCAGCAUAACCCUCCUUCUUCAGGGAGUCAGCAUGGCACAGAAAUGGUAGACCAUUAUACUGCAUGUUCUUCUGAGGAGGACAUAAAAGUCACUGUGAGUUGUGAUGGGGCAGAGGAUCAGUUGCAACCACUGGGGAAAGAGACAUUGACCUGUCCACUUCACGAAGAGUCGGUGAUGAGUGAGGUGGCCUGUAAUAACCCUUCUUUGGCAGCAGAAGCUGUUGUAACUGCCCGAGAAUGCCUUAGUGACUCUGAAAAAUCUGCUCAGCGGAACAACCAUUUGCAGGAAAUACCGGACUCCCCUUCUCAAAACUGUUGCUUGAACUUGGAAACUGCCAGUGGAGAGAAUCCAGAGGAUGACCAAACAAGCCAAGGUUCUCCAUCAGCUGAAGAUGGGAAGCUCAAGGCUGGGGCAAAGCAUGUCACGUUUCCUUCCGAUGAAGACAUUGUGUCUGGUGCUGUGGAACCCAAAGAUCCUUGGCGGCAUGCUCAGAAUGUGACUGUGGAGGAACUUCUCACUGCCUACAAGCAAGCAUGUCAGAAGUUAAACUGCAAGCAGAUACCCAAACUACUGAAGCAGAUCCAGGAAUUUAAGGACCUGACUCCUAGGAUAGAGUGCCUGGACCUGAAAGGCGAGAAGUUGGACUACAAGGCUUGCGAGGCACUGGAAGAGAUUUUUAAGCGCCUCCAGUUCAAAAUAGUGGAUUUAGAGCAAACAAACCUAGAUGAAGAUGGUGCCUCGGCGCUGUUCGAUAUGAUCGAAUACUAUGAGUCAGCCACGCACCUCAACAUCUCGUUCAACAAACACAUUGGCACGCGGGGCUGGCAGGCAGCGGCACACAUGAUGCGGAAGACCAGUUGUCUCCAAUACCUGGACGCCCGCAACACGCCGCUUCUAGAUCACUCGGCGCCGUUUGUGGCACGCGCCUUGCGCAUCAGCAACAGCCUGGUUGUGCUGCACCUGGAGAACGCAAGUCUGUCUGGGCGCCCGCUGAUGUUGCUGGCAACGGCCUUGAAAAUGAACAUGAACUUGCGGGAGCUUUACCUGGCAGACAAUAAACUAAACAGCCUCCAGGACUCAGCUCAGCUCGGCAACCUCCUGAAAUUCAACUGCUACAUACAAAUCCUGGAUUUGCGGAACAACCACAUUCUGGAUUCAGGUUUGGCCUACAUCUGCGAGGGGCUGAAGGAGCAGCGGAAGGGGCUCGUGACACUGGUGCUGUGGAACAACCAGCUUACUCACACUGGCAUGGCCUACGUGGGGAUGACGCUGCCCCACACCCAGAGCCUGGAGACCCUGAAUCUGGGGCACAACCCCAUCGGCAACGAAGGCGUCCGCAAUCUGAAGAACGGGCUCAUUGGCAAUCGGUCGGUGCUUAGGCUGGGCUUGGCCUCCACCAAGCUGACAUGCGAAGGUGCGGUGGCGGUGGCGGAAUUCAUAGCGGAGAGUCCCCGCCUGCUUCGGCUGGACCUGCGGGAGAACGAGAUCAAGACGGGAGGGCUGAUGGCCUUGUCCCUGGCCUUGAAGGUUAACCACUCCUUGCUCAGGCUGGACCUUGACAGGGAGCCCAAGAAGGAAUCGGUCAAGAGCUUUAUCGAGACACAGCGAGCCCUCCUGACGGAGAUCCAGAAUGGCUGCAAGCGCAACUUUGUUCUGGCCAAAGAGAAGGAAGAGAAGGAGCAGAAGCUCCAGCUAUCCGCCUCCAUGCCUGAAAUCACCGUCACCCAGCCGCUGGAAGAGGGGCCGGCGGAGGACAGCGGGCAGAGAGGUGGCCCGGCGUCCACCCCAGAAGAGGGUGAGGAGGUCAGGGAGGUGUUACCGUCCCGAGAGAACGGGGCCCCGGACGAGAGAGUCACCGGUGGCAACGAGGACUCGUCCGAUUCCGAUUCGGACACAGAUGAAGAGGGGGAUGAGAAACUGGAGGUGAAGGGGCUCCCUCGCCCGCAGGAACGUGGCACCUCCGAUCACGCUGCGGGUUCGCCCACUCUGCGUUCCUCUGAACAGCCAAAGGAGGCACUCAGCCCCGAUCGCAGAGUCCCCCCUCUGAGCCCUGCGGAAAACCCCCAGCCAGAAAAAUCUGGAGGGGAGGUGAUGAGCGGGACCCCAGCCCAUGCCGGCCCUCCUGGGAAUGAGAUGCGGAUAGCGGUCUCCAGUCCUGGGCGGGGCCACAAGAUCUUCGUCGUGACGCGGGUGGAGAGCUUGCCGGAGAAGAAGGCGGAGACAGGUUCCCAGCAGGAGAGCCCGGCCUCUCUGAGGGCAGCCCGGCCCAAGCAGGCCAGUCCCGCAGCGCCGAUCCAGCCAGCAGAGACUCUGUGCUCGGCUCUGCGAGCGAGUGAGACUCUUCCUGGGUCGCCCGCCGGCUCAGAAGCCUCCCCCUCCUUGCCAGGCUCGUCUCUGGGGGUGGAGAAAGCGAACUGUGGGCCGUGCGAGAGCACGGGCCAUGCUGCUCUGCUGCCCAACGGACUAAAGACGGAGUUUGUGUGUGCACUACCGGGCACGUCCCUGGGGCGCGACGGGAGGAUCGCCAGCUGUGCCAUCGAACACGAGCUGAACUGUUCCAAGAACGAGAAGGAGCUGGAGGAGUUACUUUUGGAAGCAAGCCUCGAGAUGGGGCAGGAGCCGAUGUGACACUUUAGCUCUGGGCCAUUCUGCGGCAAGCGGGCUUUGUCCAGCUCUGCUCCCUCCCUUCACCGUGUGAUCCUGAAAACAGACAGACUCUGCAGCAUGGAGGCGACGUGACGGCUCCCCUCAGAAAGAGCUUCGUUUCCAGUUGUGGCCCUUCCCUCUCUCCGCCCCCUAAUCCUCCAUGUCUUUCCUCCGAGACGAGACGCUGUGCAGCGGGGGGGAUCCAGGGCAUGGAGGAACUGAGAAGACCCCGGCCUGGAGGUGCGUGGCCCUCCCUGAGCGCGCUCCUUCCGCAUCCUUAGCCACGGCUCGUGCUGUUUUUCUUUCUUCUUUACUCCCUUGCUGGAGUGACCCUUGCACUUGAAUUUGCAAGGAAACCUCUCCUGGACGUUGGAUCAGUGGGCACUGGACAAAACCCUCUCCUGGUCGCACCGGGAGAUUUGGAAAAAACAAGUCCCCACCACCUAGAGAUGCACAGCAGCGCUGGCGGCUUUGCUUUCUGCGCCUUGCAAGUGCCGCAGGUCCCGGCGGACCAGUUUUGCAAGAGCAGCAGAAGAGAAGAGCUGCUCCCCCGGGUCCGGGAGGCCAAGGGCCGUUGCACAGUAACCCGCUGCGGAGAAGCCUCGCCGCAGCCUCUCCGCCAAGCCACACUCUCCGGGCUGCCGACCCACACUACACACCGCCGUUUAUUUAUUUUUUUCUUUUCCCCUCCCUCCCCCGCCUUCGUUGCGUCUCCUUGUCCGUUUUCGUCUUUCGUUUGGUGUCUAUUUAUAACACAACGGGAACAGUGUCCCUGUGAACCCGCCACCCUUCGGGAUGACGCGGCUUGCUCCAAAUUUGCAGAGCCCCGCGAUGGGGAGCGAGUGCUGCUUUGGCGCGCCGGGAAAGCCUGGGGGCGGGAGGGGUUCCCCGAGCAGGGGCUCUCCCCCCCGCACGGAAUAAACGCUGCAAGCUGAGGGAGAGCGGCCGGAGGAGCGACAGGACCCCUGUGCGUCGGUGGCCGGCUGCCACCCCGGCACCACUUCUGCUCCCUGGGGCCUGCCUCUCCUCAUCUUCGGUGCAAACGGGCAGCGUUGCAGCCCCCACCCCCACCCCCCAGGCGUCAUUUUUCAAGCCAUACCGUGUGAAACGUGCUGGGACUGGGUGGCUGUUGCAGUAACUGGUGUCGUGCGUGACAGUGCAAUGUAGCAAGCAGCGCGCACGUGCGUGAGAAGGCAACGGCCGUCGUGGGCGGGCUGGCUGGCUGGCUGGCUGACUUUGCGCCCUGUGCAAUGAACUGGAUGUGAGCAUCUUCUGAGGAUGCUGCCCGUUGGUGGGCGGCGUCUGCUUCCCCUCCCCUCCCCUCCCCUCCCCGAACUUCAGACGUGCUGCGGGGGAUGCCACAGUUGUGGUUGGUACAUCUCGAGAGCAAGAGGCAGUUCCUCCCAACCAAAGCUUGCUUUCCAUAAUUGGGGCGAUGGGGGAGAGAAACACUAACGAACGGCAACCCCAGUGGGAACAGGAGCCUUUCCCAAAGCCCCAGGGCUGGCGGAGCGUCUGGCACGGAGCCCAGCCAGAGGCGCUGGGGCAUCGCACACGAGCAGCGGAGAGGUGGGUUGCUGCAGAAGAAGUAUCUGAAAGCGGGGGGGGGGGGUCGAAUAUUUCUCAGGGAAGGGCUAUUUUGCAGCAUCCGCCAGGAGAGCAGCCCAUCGUACCAAGGAUUGUGGGUGGAGCUGACGCGGCCAGGCCACCUGCACCGUCUUCUCUCCCACACGCUCGCGAUGCAAGAGGCUCCAGUGAGAGACAGGACCCCAGAGGUGCUCGCGGGACGCUGAAGGGCCUCCUCGGUAGCCACAGAAUCUGAACUCCCCCCCAAAACGAAGAUGAGGCGCUUCCCUGACGAGCAGGGAGUCGGGAUUGAUGGAUAGCCUCGGAUGCCAGAGUUGUUGCAGUCAUCCUGGAAGGGUGACCAGUCACCGACCUGGCUUGGAAAGGACGGGACAGAAGCGAGCGGGAUCUCUCUUGUUGACAAGGGAACCUCGGAACAAAAGGCAGGCGCCUUCCUUGCGUCCUUCCCAUCUUCUCCCUGUUCUCAGCACACCCACCCGCCCUGCUGUAACCAUUGAACCCCCAACCUGAACUAGCAGGAGGAGAGCAAGUGCAUAAAAGUAUCUCCCCUCCUGACCCCCAGUAUGUGAUGGACUCCUUUGCCCCCGUCAGCAUGAAAUGAAAUCUCUGCAAUGUUUUUAUGGUACUAAUUGUAAUUUAAGCAAAACUGUAAAGGAGGUGUCUUUCUCCGUUUUAUUUGUAUAAACUGACGAGAAGAAAGUGCUACCCCCACGAAAAGCAGGUUUUGUGGAGGGAUGGCUGUCAGGUAGAUGAUGUAGACCAUAAAGCUUUUUACUUUAAUUUUAUUAUUUUUUCUUAAGUGCAAUAAAAUCUAUCAGGGAGCUUAAGAGGGUUCGGGCUAGGGCUGCAUGGAGUAUCAGGCAAGAAUGGGAGAGACGAAACUGCCCUUCUCCCGCUUGACCGUGAGUCUCUUUUUCCACACAUACAAAGACACAUGCGCCAGGAGUUUUUGCUGCGUUAACACUACAUUUACAGAAAAGAUGGCGCCAGUUUGAUUUUGCGUUCCUUUUUCUUUUCUUUGGAGGUGGGGGUAAUGUUUGUCAUUCCUUUUUUGUUGUGUGUGGAGUUUUAUUUUUGUUGAAACUGUCUUCUAUUAAAUGAAAAGCUGCAUUCUUCAAGUGAUUUCUUUCGGUUUCUUCUGGGUGGUGGGCUGGGCUGAAUUCGUGGCCGGGAUUCUUUGACUAGACGAAGGACAGGUUCGUUCUUUCACUGGGAUAACCACUGCCAAGUAGCCAGAUUGUGAACUGCAAAGCAGAUGACGGCUAGCUGGGUUUCAGCACGGUGCGCUUAUGAAUGACUCUCCAGGGAUGCCCAGUGCUUUGUAAAGUGACCAAAGCAAAAUAUGGGGGUCUCUCCCACUGUAGGGACUGGGUCUGCUUUUCUCAGAAUACUGCACUCCAAGCCAGAAAGUUUGGAUGCUGAGGGGCAGCUAAAUGGCAGAGGAGGAGGGGUUGGGAUCACCAGGGUUAACAAGUGAGAUGGCCAAGCAGCUGGUGCGAACUAGAGUGCCUCUGAUUUGGCAGUGGAGAGACACUUUAGAACAAGGAGGGCCCAAGGGGGUGAGGUGUGAGGUCAUUUUUUUAUUUAUUUAUUAAAACAUUUUUAUGCUGCCCCAUUCGCCGAAGCCUCGGGGCGGCUUACAACAAUCCCAGUAGUUCAUUGUCAAGCUGAGCAAGUGGACCAGUUAGGUAAUGUCUGGUGUUCCCACCAUCUUGCCUGCAAAGAGCACAAACCUCCCUGAGGGUGGAACGUGCCCUUUUUGGUAGUGAGAGGAGGAAGGGUUUCAGUUUGGAAUCAUCCCUUAGCAUGGGCAAGAACCAACUAACUGAUCAGAGGGUCGUUGCUUUGAUUGCUGCUGCUCGUUAACAUCUGUAUUAUUGCUUGCUCACUAUGGCAGAGUCAGCCUAGCUCAAAAAAGACCAGAAACCUUUGGCUUUAAGCUGGAGUGAGUAGAGCAGAGAGAAGUGCCUCUAACAGCCAAGGAUCUUCCAGUGUCUGUUUUGGUAGCGGAAAAGGGAUGAAAGGAGAGUAGUUGUGCAUGCUUGGCUUUUGUUGGGAUAGACAAUGAAAGUUACGUUCCGGGCUUCAAUCCAGGGCCUUAGGGGAGUUUGUCUCUUGCAUUUUCAUUGAGAUCACUGUCCACACUACACCUGUGCCAGUGUCUGCCUCUCGCCUCUUUCCAUAGACUCGUCCUUGAUUAACCUCCUCCUAAGCCUUCCAGUUGAGCGCGUUUUGUCUUGUUACGUAGCACGAGGUAUGCUGGUUGCCAGACGAGCAAAAAGGGCUUAAAAGAAAGUGGGAAUUGGUGUAAAAAGUGCACCAACGAAAGCGAAUGCGUGUGUCUUCGGGGUAUCGCACAAUGACGCACAUCGGGAGGCAGAACAUUCCAUGUUGAAGGGCCCCUAAACCAUCUGUUACCCAAACUUCAGAUGCCCCUAAAGCACCAGCAGAGCAGCUUGCGUGGGACAAUGAGCUGACAGGUAUGGGAGUGUCAUUGCAGGAAAAAUCCCUCUUUCUGACAGAAGCAGAACCGUGCUGGGUGACCAGCUGGUCUUGUAAGAAAAGGUUCUUGCAGAUGUCAGAAAAGGAAGAGCUGACAGAAUUAAUUCUUGAUGACCUCAUGGUUUAUGUCUGGGUUUAAGCUUUACUUUUUUUUUUAAAGUAUAUUCUGUUUCUUUUCUAAUUAUCUGGGGUCUUGUUUACAUGAUUCUUUUGAUGGAUCUUUAAAACAUGCCUAUUCUGAAAGAUGCAAGGCAGGUCUUCCCAUGAGUCUCUGGAAGACUAGCACCCAGACACCCUGCACGGCGCUCGGUGUUUCAUUUGGACUGCUGCGAGACGCUCUGUGGCAGCGGCAGAAAAGUUAUCUUGAGGUUUGCCGUACUCUCAGAACAUAGUUGCUCCAUUUGGCCGGGUGAAUCUGCCUGUCCGUCCUACUGUUCCCCUCUCUCUGGCUGCUUAAAACGAGCCAGUUGAAAAGAGGGUCCACCUCUCGCCUUCCUGCCUCAGUCUGGCCUCUGAAGCAAGAAGGACCUUGCUGGCUUCUGCCCCUGGCCUGCCACAAAGCUGAGACGCAAGUCGGAGAGCCCCGGAAGGCCGGGUUUGGACCCUCAUGGUGAGGCUCCGCGCCCUUGUCUUAACGCUUCCCUAGGGGAAGGAUGGCCCGACAAGAGCAACUGUUAGCACAGUCCUCGUUACAAUUUGCUGCUAGAUUUGGUCUGGGGAGGAGGCAGGUGUUUGGACGGUUUUGCACUUUGCAGCUCUGCCGAGCUCCCGGGUAGCCAUCUUUGGGUCGGGUGGAGGAGCUCCUGUUCUUGCACAGCUCGCCUUUGCUGAACAAUGUUGUCCAAAUGUGUUUUUAAGCUGCCUCAAGUUCCUACACGAUGGGUAAGAGAGGAUGGAAACCCAGCUUUAUUUUCUUGCUGGCCUGCUGCUCUCACAUUGAUGGAUUGUUUGGUGCGUAUCAAAAUGUCUCAGAGCAACUGCAAUUUUUCUCCAUAUAUACCAAAACUGAUGGCAACAUUUCCUUUUGUUCCAGCACUUGGGGGAGGGAGAGUAAGUUAACUAUUUUCACUUUGGUGAUUUAGAAAAGCUGAUCCCUUGCAUUAUUUAUAUACAAAAUUAAAUCAUAGGGAAUUCUCUUGUGUUCAUGCAUUUAAUGGGUUAAUUUAUAACAUGCUUGGUUGAAAUAAAGAGUUUCCUGACAGGC